AUGACCAUUUCCUAUGCAUUAAUUGCUGAAUAUGCCAUCAAGAGCACUUCAGAUGAAAUUUACUCCACACAAGUCAUCUCAGAGACAUCAUGCCAAAAGACUUUGAGACGAGUCAUUGAACAAAAGAUCAUUCCCAAGAUGAUGAAUCACUCUGUGCGAGUCUUCUCCUCGUAUGAUAAACUCAUUCUCACUCAUGAAAUGUUUACCUUCUUCAUUAAGAAGGAACGUUCGAGCACGGGUGAUGUCUUUUAUGUGGUCAUUUCGACUCAAGAUCAAGUCAAACAUAGAGUUUGCUGGAAGAUGAUUGAUGCCAUGUCUCAGAGCUAUCAUGACUAUGUACAAUCGAAUAGAAAGAAUAUGAUCAAUUUGACUCCACUCAUGAAAUUUCACAAUGAUCCCAACAAUGAUAAAAUUACCAAAUUGCAACACGAGGUCGAUGAAGUGAAGAAUGUCAUGAUGAUUAAUGUCGAUAAGAUUUUGGAGAAUCAUAAAAAGAUGCAUGAAUUAAUAGCUGAAUCGGAUGAAUUGAUGAGACAAGGUGAAUUGUUCGUGAAGGGAGGAAAGAAAUUAAAGUGGGCCAUGAUUAAGAGAUGGAUCUAUAUGGCUGGUGCUGCUGCUGCAACUGCCACUGUGAGUAUUGGUACCAUUGCUUUGACCUUGAUCAUUGCGUUGUAA